AUGAAAACUCAUAAUCCGUCUCAGAAGGACCUAGUGUUCGUUCGAGAACUGUUUAUUAAAGCCAUUACAGGUGUCGAUGCUUGGCAUCGGCCGCAACCACAACCUGUUCUUGUAUCGAUCUGGCUUCAUACUGAUGUCGCUGAGGCUGGCUCUACUGACCAUCUUACCUACUCAUUGAACUAUGAUGUGAUAUCUAGAAAUGUCACUAGAAAUAUAGAGUCUGGAAAAUUCCGGUCUUUAGAACAGAUUGCUUCUAAUGUGGCUGAAGUGGUUCUGGCCGAUAGUACGGGUGGUCAGUGGGCUACUAUUCAUGUCAAAAAGCCAAGAGCGCUUCUUCGUGCUGAGUCUUCAGAAAUCAUUAUUUCUCGACGAAAGGUUUCGACAGCAGAUGGUGGAUAUAAAAUUGUCACCACUCCAGGUACAACUGAUGUCGUCAAGAUACACAAACUUCAGCUUGUAACAAUUAUCGGUGUAAACACUAUUGAACGACUACAUCGUCAAAACGUUAUUCUUGAUCUCACUCUGUAUAAACCCACUUUAGAAGGAUCACAUACAAGCACUGCAAAUGCUGUUGCUGCUGAUGCUGAUUCUACUGUUGCUUCUCUUUCUCAAGAUAAUAAUGGCACUGGUUCAGCCCCUACUCCCACGGCAACUUUCAAUAAACACUACGACUUCAGACAAGUAGUCGACACUGUUUCUAAUCACGUUGAAGACUCGAGCUAUAAGACUGUUGAAGCAUUUGUUACUUCGGUAGCCAAAGUCAUUUGCAAGACUUGCGGGGUUGAAAAGGCUACUGUACGUGCUGAAAAGCCCAGUGCCAUUACGUUUGCUGAAGCUGCUGGUGUUGAGAUCACUCGUACCAGAGACUCUUUUACAGACGAUGAACCAGAGCCUCUAGAAAGUGACAAUAUUGCCGGUACCAAUGCUAGUUCAGUUGCUGCUAGUGCUGCUGGAACUACUACACCCCGAUCGAUUCCUGCUUCAGGUACUGCCACACCUCUGUUCCCUCAAUCUGGAACAGAGACACUGUCAGUGGCUGAUGCGAUUCACAACGUUUAUCUUGCCUUUGGCAGCAACGAGGGUGAUCCAAUUGCCAAUAUUGAACAGUCUCGUCAUGAACUGGCUAAACGAAAUAUUAACGUCAUAGCAACUUCAUCUUUAUACUUGUCGGAACCCAUGUUUGUGGCUGACCAGAAUAAAUUCUACAAUGGAGUGUUUCACUGCCAGACCAAACUGGCUCCUUUGGACCUUUUAGACUCUAUCAAAGAUAUCGAGUCAAAUGCACUGGGUCGUGUCAAGCUCAUGGACAACGGUCCUCGUACCAUCGACCUCGACAUUCUUCUAUACGAUGAUCUGGUUAUGAACCACCCACGUCUGAAUAUCCCUCAUAUUGGCAUGUUGUCGCGAUCAUUUGUUCUCCAACCGCUUGUAGAGCUAGUGCCCUCCGACGCUCUCCAUCCUCUUACUGCUGAAACCUACCGUGCUCAUCUCGAUCAGAUCCCAAGUACAAGUGACGUUCAGUCGUCGUCUCAGCUCGUCACAUGCAUUCCCCUGCCUCAUUCCGCUGGCAACCUAGAGUAUGAUCCUGUAAACCACACUCGUUCCACCGAUAUUAUGGCCAUCAUAAAUGUGACUCCAGACUCGUUUUCUGACGGCGGCAAAGUGAACCUGGACAAUAUUGUGGAAACCGCCUGUACUUUUGUUAAACAGGGUGCAAAGAUUCUAGACGUUGGUGGCAUGUCCACCAACCCCAAAUCUGUUGACCCGGGGUCUGCUGAAGAACUCUCUCGUAUUGUACCUGCUAUUAAAGCAUUACGUGCAUGUCCUGACCUGGCUCAUAUUCCUAUUUCCAUCGACACGUACCGUAGUGAAGUCGCUGAAGCUGCUUUAGAAGCUGGUGCUAACAUCAUCAAUGACAUCAGUGCUGGAGUUCUGGACCCCGUCAUCCUCGAAGUCGCUGUCAAGUACAAGUGCCCUAUCAUCUUAAACCAUACUCGUGGAUCCCCACAAGAAAUGACUAAACUCGCUCAUUACUCGAUUCCCGAUUCUCAAGUCAAAGAUGAUAGUGACGAGGCUGUUGUCGAGAUUGUUGGCCGCGAACUCGAAGACAGGGUCAAUGACUGCGUUUCUGCCGGCCUUGCCCGCUGGCAGAUUAUUCUUGACCCUGGUCUUGGUUUUGCAAAAAACAUCAAUCACAACCUAGCCAUAAUACGAAAUCUUGAACUUCUCCGUUCUCGCGAGGCUUUCACUGGUCUCGUCUGGCUCCUUGGUCCCAGCAGAAAGCGGUUCAUUGGUACCAUUACCGGCCGCCAAGAAGCUGCUGACAGAAUCCUCGGCACUGCUGCAACCGUCACCUCUCUCAUUGCAGGUGGUUCUGAUAUUGUUCGUGUUCAUGAUGUCCCGGAAAUGGCCGACGUUGUCAAGAUGGCUGAUGCUAUCCACAGGAACGUGUAUUAG